AUGGAUUUUGAUCGUCAUAUCAGCAAUGCAGUGCGCAAUCAUCUGUUCCAGCGGCCUGGUGGGCCACUCACAGGCAUGGAUCUCCCAGCUUUCAACAUUCAGCGAGCUAGAGACCACGGAGUACCACCUUAUAAUUCUUAUCGUGAAAUGUGUGGAAUGCAUCGGUUAAAAAAUUUCGACGAUUUAAAAGACGUAAUGGAUAAUGGGACAAUUGCUGCAAUGAAAAGUGUCUACGAUCAUGUGGAUGAUAUUGAUUUGUUCCCAGGCAUCAUGUCUGAAAGACCAAUGAAAGGUGCACUGGUGGGACCAAUGCUGGCAUGCAUUAUUGCCGAGCAGUUCCAGAGGCUUAAACGAUGCGACCGCUUCUAUUACGAGAAUGAUAAUAUGGCAGCAAGGUUUACACCAGGUUAG